AUGCCGACAUAUACUGUCGACAAGACAUCCCGGGAUGAACACCGCCCGUUGCUCCCGUCAACGCCGGUCCCGAAGCCGAGGCACCGGAGGAGCAAGAAGGCGCUGGGCCGCGUAUGCGAGACCAUAGCCUGGGCCUUCUUCCUCGGCUUCGCCCUCUGCGCAUUCAUAGACAUGUACUUCCACCGCGAUGUCUGGUGGCCCGAGUCCGACCUGUCUGCCGCCUCACUGGAGACGUGCGCCUGGUCUCAUCUCGAAUCACAUGUCGGCCUCCUGGACGUGGCCCCUAUCGACCGGGACGAGUAUCUGCGGCGACAGGGCACUUUGGCUAGCGAACUGAAGGCUGCUGGCGCUGAUGCCUUCAUCGCCGAGCCGUCGGCGUCGUCGGCUUACUACGCCAAUGUUUCUUACGAAUUCGAUCUCUCAGAACGCCCUUUUCUGAUUAUCUUGGACAAGGAUGCCCAGUUCUCUUACCUCGUCCCCAAGUUCGAGGCUGGUCGCAUCGCCGGCCUGGAGAUGGUAUACAGUGACAAGACAGUUAUCGAGUGGGCCGAAGAGGAAUCGCCGUAUGAGGUCUUGGCAAAGGCGACUGGCUACUCCAAGAUCAUAUUGGACGAGCAUGCGAGAUUCAUGAUCGCUGCAGGACUUCAAAAAGUGGGCAUUGACGUCGUACCGAUGAACGACGCGAUCCAGUCCCUCCGAUCUGUAAAGACAGAGGCCGAGAUCAAGAUACUGAAGGGAAUCAACGCUUUCACGCUGGAACUGGUGCGCUCAUUGCAGAAGUGCAUCAAGAUUGGCCUGACACAAGAGACGGUUGUGACAUCGGCCGAGGCCCUUUUCACACGCGCCGGUGUGGGCAAGGGAUUCUGGUCCAUCGUCCUAUUCGGUGACCAAGCGGCCUACCCCCACGGGGGCAAGCACGGCAAGACGCUUGAGGAAGGGGAGUAUGUGCUGAUUGAUAUUGGCUCCAAACUACACGACUAUGGCAGCGACGUGACGCGGACCAUCUUGCCAUCGGGAGCAGAGGUCAGUGACGAGCUUCAAGGAAUCUGGAAGACCGUUCACGAGGCCCAGUCUGCGGGGUUCAAUCUCAUGCACCCCAAUGAGACUUGCUCUGAAGUUGAUUCUGCCUCACGGAAGCCCGUCUCUGAUGCCGGCUAUGCCGACUUCUAUACGCAUAGACUUGGCCACGGACUGGGUCUGGAGAUGCAUGAACAUCCUUAUUUGAACGGAGCGAAUAGUGAGAAGCUAAAGAUCGGCGAGGUCGUCACAAACGAGCCAGGAAUAUACGUGACAAGUGAGCAGGCGUACAAGGUCGGGAGGAGUAUUGGUUUCGGAGUUAGGCUCGAAGAUCCCAUUCUGGUCACCGAGAAAGGCGGUGUCCCCUUGACUGGAAGGAGGGCAAAUUCUCCAUAUGACCCCUGA